UCUCGGUAUUAAGGCAGUGACAGCGAAAAUUAGGCUCCGGAUUCCUUAGAUAUUUUUGUAUGCACAAAAAGCGCGGAGGGCGGGCGGCGUGGCUCGCUACAACGCCGUAUAUAUAUAGACGGGACGGCUGCGCGGCGCCCAGUCGUUCGCCGUCGCUCGCCAGCGCCCCAUGUCGGAGCUUGCGCUUUGACAGCUUUCUAGCAUUUCUAUUACAUUUUCACAAAUUUCUCUUGAAAAGACUGAACUGAUAAACAUUGUGUAGGUCGGGAUAAAUUGGUGUGUUUUGUGGAUCGGUUGAGACUGUUUGCUGUGAUUCGCCGGUGGGUUAGCUGUCCAGGCCCCUGUCUGCCAUUGUUCACGCCGCCAGUUAUUUGAAAAUUCCAAAUAUGAAGGACGAACGUGCGAGUCCGCCGCGGGUGCGCGUCGCAGUUCUCGGCAGCUCACGAGUGGGAAAGUCAGCUCUUAUUGUAAGAUACCUAACAAGACGAUACAUUGGAGAAUAUCAUUCAAAUACAGAUUUAUUAUACAGACAGACAGUUCAAAUAAACAGCAGCCCGGUGGAAUUAGAAGUAAUAGAUGUCUCAGGCUCAAACUCGGACAAAUUUCCCGCAGAACAGAUCCAAUGGGCAGACGCAUGCCUGGUCGUGUACUCGGUGACGGAUAGGAGCAGCUUCGAGUAUGCCACGGAAGUCCUGAAAGCCCUGAGGAGAACCCCCGCCACCGCAAGCCCGGCGCACGGGCCCACGGGUGCUAGCACACCCAUGCCCCUAGCCCUUUUAGGAAAUAAGACAGACUUGGACCAUUUGAGACAGGUAACGACUCAAGAUGGUCAGAGCAUAAGUGCUGCCCAUAACGCAUCGUUCAGCGAGGCGAGCGUGGCCGACAAUUCCGGCGACCUGUACCGCUGCGUGGACCGGCUGCUCGCCGAGGUGCGCACGCCUCUGCGCACACGCAAGUUCUCCGUCACCAAGAUGCUGGGCUCUCUUAUAGAAGUAUUUUACACAGGUGGCGCCACGAACAACAGCCAAGCGAGUCGCAGCGGAUCGAUGGUGGCGUGCCCGCGCGUGCCCACGCCGUCGCGGCCGCCGCUGGCCGCCGCGGCGCCCUGACCGCCCGCCGCGCCCGCGCACCGCGCGCGUUGAUGCCUCGCCGGCGCGGGCGCCGUAUGGCUGGCCUGCCUGCCCGUGCCCACCCGCUUCGCCGCCGCGCCGCUCUCUGCCACCAUGUGAUUUGCUACUCGUUACCGUACUUCAGUCGGCCUACAUUGAUGUACAUUUUAAUGAACUGAAUAUACUUGUACAGAUCUGAUUUUAAAGAAAACUGCAAGAGUUUGUGAGAUUUAUGUGUCGACUAAUUUUCAAGUAGGAUAUGGUUUAAGAAUAAAAUUGUUAAAAAUAUUGAAGUUAGUUGAGGCAUAAUGGUAAAGUGCACCUUUAACAAACAAUGGUGCUGAUCUCUAUUGAUGAAGGGGAAGUCAACCAGAAGAGAACAAUGAGUAAUAUCAUGAAAAGUCCACGUCAUACGGAAAAAAUAGUUAUAGACGUAUCUGAGAUAUAUUCUUAAUUGAUGUUGUACCUAAUCAUAAGCGAGUAACUUUUCGAGAUACUCAUCCAUAUUACGGUGCAGUAAGAAGUUGGAGGACAAGAAAACACCGUUGCUGAACAUUAGCUAUCUCACCAAACAAGCCAAAGAUGGUAAUUGCUAGUCUUACAUUAAUAUAUAAAUUAUGAAAUUGUAAAUAUAUUUGUUAUAGUUAUAGAUAAACAUUUAAGAUAACCUAAUAACCUAAUAUAGAUGUUAAUUUUAUAAUGUUCUGGCAGCCGUAUCAUGAUUCGAUAAAGCAUUCAGAAUUCGCACUUUUGCUGAAACUAAUGGUUAUUUUAUCGAUGGCGAUUCAAGUCUGUCAUUGUACAGUCGAGUUCAUAAAUAUGUAUAAAUUUUUCACCUUAUUGCAAAUAUUGCAAUUGAUUAAAGUGAAGAAAUUUAUACAUAUUUAUGAACUCAACCAUACACAUACUGGGUAUUUAUAUAUAAAAGAAAAAUAAUUCUGCAGUAAAGAGAAGCGUUAUGUUAUGAAAUUUUUGAUGGAAGUUAACUACUGUUGAUAUAAUUAAUGGUUUUAAAAUUUUAUUAAUAAAUAAGACAAUAAAUCCCAUACCUACAAAAAAAGUUUACUAUUAUAUAUAUGUAAUCAUUGAAAACAGAGUAUUAAACAAUAUCUCUCAUCUCCAUUUUAUACCCAUUACUAAAUAUAAUAACUCCUCAUUGUCUUGAUAACAAACUAUACAGGUAGGUAAGGUACUUACCUACGCACUCAAAAUGUUCUUAUAUUCCAAAUGAUGGAAUAAUAAGAUUUUGUAGUAUAUCAGUAUUUGCGUAGCUGUCUAAAUGUCUACAUUAUAUCUCAAAAGUAUACAAACCAAAGUAUCAUUAUAAUAUGUAGGUAAUUCUCUUAAUAGAUUAUUCAAUUUCUGGUCUAAAAUCUGAUCUUAAUCGUUGUAAAGCAACUAUUAUAAACCAUGAACCUAGCUUUAAACUAAUGAUCCAACAUGUCUAAUAAUUUAAUAUAUGUCUCCCAUAUAUAUGCUGUUUAGAAAUAAGGAUAUAUGGACAAAUAUCUCGUAUCUCGAUGUCUUUGCUUGUUAUAGAAAAAAUACAAGGGUACGAAACUAGAAUCUAGUGAAACAUUGUUUGUUGAUAUGUGUAGAUAGGGCUCAGAACUGUGCCAAAAAUGGUAACUAUUCGGAUACUAGGUGAACAAGUGUGAUAUCUACACUAAGUGUUAUAUUAGAAAAAGGGUGUUCUGAUUCUUAUGUAGGUACCUAGCCUAUAUACUUAUGACUAUAUGCAUGUACUCUAAAUAAUGGCCUAAAUGAAUUUUAGUAGGUAAGUGUAUACUCUUUCUUACUAGUUUUCUACUUUUGCACAGUAUUAAAAGUCUCAUUUUACUUUGUCCGUAUAAACUUGCUUCAAAAAUAAAAAAAAUACGUCAAACUGUCUCUACACCUACAAAAUCACUUGAUGUUGGUGCUGUUAUUGUAAAACUAGUCCUUGUUGUUAACCCAUAAAAUAGUAUUGAAGAAGAUGUUAGAAGGCAAAUUUAAUGUUAAUAAUGUUUACAAACAGUUUAAAUAUGUGGUAUAAGAUGUGCACUUGUGCUUGGGGUAUUUGAAUUUCCGUUGACCCUAUAUCUGUCCAAUAAAUAUUUAUGAAAUAUAAAGCUUAUAGUUAGCUGUAUUUAUAAAUUAUCUAUAUUUCUCAACAUAAUACCAACAAUCAUGACAGUUUGGGUUUCUUUUUAUAAUAAAAUGAAUUUUAUUUCGGACAUAAAGGACAUAAUCUUUUGAUCUCUUUGAUUGUUCCUAAGUUCUGAUGAGAUUUGAGAUGGAAAUGUAACGGUAUACUUAAUAAAACUGUGCCAACUGAUCGAGAGCCAUAGUCGAUAUGACAACGUACAUACAUAACAAAACCACUGAUGUUGUUAUCAUUAAAAGUUAUUAAAUAUUUGCUGCCGAUUUUAUAAGCUGAUGUAUGUUAUUAUUCAAAAUAUACCAAAAAAUAUGUAAGUCUUAAAAUAAAAUUUUGUGUCAUCAGUGACAAUUAUUUGGUGAUAACAGGGAUCGUAACCGGAAUAACUUAAAAUCAAAAUAUCACGCAGCAUUCCAAAUAUUUCUUUGAUAUUGAAGAAUGGUAUUUAGGUAAGGAGUAUCAGUUAUCAAAUCACCUAAAUGAAAUGGAAAAAUAUACAUAAACAACCGAGAUACCGAAAUAUGAAUACCGGUUAAUUUGUAUGAAAAAUAUACCGGUAUUCGAUCCCUGGGUGAUAAUAAUAACGAUAUGGUGAGCUGUCAAAAAACGUCAGGAAAUACUUAAAAACAAUAGGUACCAGUACGUACAUAUUCCAUGGGCGUGCAUUGCAUUUAUGUGUUGAUAGUAUAAAAUAUGAUUUAAAAUAUAAAGACUAAAAAGUCGGAACUGAUUGGAAUAAGUUGUAAAUAAAUUUUAAUUGUCUAGCUUUAAUAUGACAUAUUUAAAAUAAACUUUAUUAAACUAU